AUGUCGACGGCAGCGAAAGGUGACGAGACUGUCCGGGAAGACGUGCUGUGGUCGGAAGCGACGGCAGAUUCUGUGACGGCCGAGACGAGGGCACUGCUAGACGACAACCCUUUCGAGCGGCCGCAGUACAGCUUGCGACCGCAGACUCACGACCAGCUCGCCCGCGUACGCGCCGCCGCCAAUCCUUCCUCCUCUCAGAAGAAUCCCGGUUCGACCCCGUCCAAACCAUACGCGCUUCCUACGAAGGACAGUCGACGGUCGACCGAGGAGCGGAACUGGGCGCGCGCGUUGCUACUCUGCUCGGAAGACUGGGCGGGAUGUGCGGUUAACGAGAAGAACUUCGACGCCGCCAUCAAGUUCUUCAUCGCGGACUGGAAGGAGAGGCACCGCGACGGCCGAGACGACCCUUCCACAUCGUUCAUCGUCAACAAGCUUCUUCCGCUGUGGCGCAGCGAGACGGAGCGGGAGCCGACCCCGCAGCUCACCCGGGUCGCCGACACCAAAACCGACACGAUGGCCUACAAAGGCUUCGUUUGCCGCCUCGCUGACGGGUCUGAGCUUCCCGAUCUUCUCGCCGACACCACCGCCCCUCUCGCUUCCGUCAAGUUGCCCCUCACUGAAGAGGCGCUUCGGCUUCACUCCGCGCUGAUGACUCCGACAGCCGAACUCAUUGAUGCCAGCGGGCAUCACGGUUCGAUUGCCAGUUCGAUGGCUUCCUCGUCGUCCGCCUCGUCCUCCGACGGAGUCGAGAACGUCACCCUCUGUCCUCGCCUCAACCAGUGCAUCUAUGUCAAAGAGAUUCCUGAAGACCAGGCAGUGGCAGCCAAGGACGAAGCCUCGCGCUUCAUCUCACGCGGCGAUCUCGACUACAUGGUCCAGCUCACCCAUGUGAUCCCGAAGCGCCCGUCGAACGGUCCGCUCGUUUUCGCUUUGCGGAGUCGACUCUUCCUGAUCUCCGCCGCCGUCCCGCUCUCCUGGCAUCUGAACCACGCAAGCAACCUCAUCCCUCUCCACCUCGAAACCCACAUCAGUUUCAACGCGCACUUGAUCUCGCUUAUGCCGCAACUUUCGACACUCAAGCAUAUGGAGCAGGUCUUGAUUGACUACGAGAACGGCGGCAAAGAGCCUUGGCGACGAUGGCUGGAAGACAAGGACUUCCGCGCUCAGUGCGUGCCGCUACGCCUCGAGAUCGUCAAACUGGCCGAGAGGCUCACGCUGCUCCGCCCCUCAUCGUCGACGCCCCCGACGGUUCCUCGGAGACCUUCCACGCACAAAAGGACGGCACUUACCGCCUCCGCCCUGGAGGCAAGAAGCUCCCUCCCCAACUUGUCGACCGUGUCCUUCCCGACGAGUUGCGCCACCGCCUCCCCAACCCGUAUCUUUGUGCCGUCUCUACCGCACUCAAGGUAA